AUGACCUCAGGGCUUUUCUACGCCGCCCUCGCUGGUGAUAAUUCCGCCUCCGAUGCUACAAUGGAUUUGCUGGUUAAAGAGCUUAAAUUCUCUCAAGAAAAGUUGCUUGAUGAAGAAAAGCACAGGAAAUCUCUUGAAUUUGAAAUCGUCAAAUUGAAUAAGCUUUUAUCUGACAAUAGAGUGGCCUUUGAGGCUGAAAUGUCCAAAGGAAGAGGCAACCAUACUAAACCAUCAUUUGGAUUAGAAUUUGCUUCGAAUCUAUCCAAGCCAAGUAAACCAAGAGAGUCUGCACUUGGUCAAAAAGCCACCAUUGCCAAAAUUUUUGAGGAAGUUGGCCUUUCAAAAAUACUGUCUCUAUUAAAGUCAGAAGAUUUGGAUGUGCAAACCCAUGCUGUCAAGGUGGUUGCUAAUCUUGCUGCCGAAGAUUUAAACCAGCAAAGGAUUGUUGAGGAAGGAGGGUUAGAUGCUCUUCUUUUGCUUCUUGAGUCAUGUAAAGAUGAGAUGAUUCAGCGACUCACAGCUGGUGCUAUUGCUAACUUGGCAAUGAAUGUAUGGUGUUCUUCAUCAGGAAAUGCGGUGUUAGCAAGGGGGGAUCCACAGGCAAAUCAGACACCAAAUCCUGUCAUUUGGGAACUUCCUCCAUAG